GUGAGAUAUGAACAUGAGUUUUGCGAAGCUUUCAAAGUGCUACUAAGAAGUGGUCUCAUCCGUCUCAUCAGUGUCGACAAUCAAAAAUGGCUCCAGGACUUGUUUUUGCGCCCGUUGUUGACGGCCAGCCCGCAGCGAAGUCGGUGUUGCCAGAAGGAUCAUUCCCUACAGGCAAUGAGCUGAUUUCAAAACAUGAUAUAGUUUUGAAGACCUUCAGACUUUUGAUUGCUGACUUGUGCGAGCAAUUCAAAGGAGGUCAUCCUGGCGGGGCUAUCGGCAUGGCAGCAAUCGGAGUUGCGUUGUGGAGAUACGUAAUGCAGUAUGCGCCGCACACUCCAGACUUCUUCAACAGAGACAGAUUUGUUUUGUCGAACGGUCAUACGUGCCUUUUCCAGUACACGUUCCUGCACCUCACGGGCUACAAAGCCAUGAAUUUUGAUCAGCUCAAGUCAUACCACUCUCAAAGAACGGACUCUCUGUGCCCAGGUCAUCCCGAAAUAGAAAUUGAGGGCAUAGAGGUUACCACUGGGCCGUUGGGCCAGGGCGUCGCGAACUCAGUUGGUUUGGCUAUGGCUAGCAAGCACCUUGGGACAAAGUUUAACCGUCCGGGGUUUCCUGUGGUCUCAAAUCAUAUCUGGUGCAUGAUUGGCGACGCGUGUCUUCAGGAGGGCGUUGCGUUGGAAGCCAUUUCAUUCGCCGGUCAUCUUCGUUUGAACAACUUGACGAUCAUUUAUGACAAUAAUCAGAUAACAUGUGACGGCUCAGUCGAUCUGACCAAUACCGAAGAUGUCAACGCGAAGAUGCGUGCAUGUGGUUGGGACGUCAUCGAUGUUGAAGACGCAAACUUUGAAGUCAUGGCCAUAGUUGAAGCUCUAGAGAAGGCCAAAUCAUCUGCGCAUAAGCCCACUUUCAUCAACUGUAGAACGGUCAUUGGUCUUGGAAGCGCAGUAGCCGGCCAGGCGCAAGCUCAUGGGGCAGCUUUCGGUGAGAAGGAUGUGGAAGCAAUGAAAACGGCGGCAGGAUUCGAUCCGAAGCAGAAGUUCGUUGUUCCCGACGUUGUUCGCGAGUUCUUCGCAGAUCUGCCAGAAAGGGGCCAGAAGAUCGUGGAACAGUGGAAUGACCUGGUUAAAAGAUACGCCACGGAGUAUCCCUCCCUUGCCGCCGAGUUCCAAUCGCGGUUCCGCGGCGAAUUGCCAUCUAACUGGGAAGAUCUCGUCCCAAACUCCUUUCCCGAAAAGCCGACGCCAUCACGCGCAUCCUCAGGCCUUGUGUUGAAUCCCAUAGCCAAGAAUGUGGAUGCCUUCAUGGUUGGGACGGCGGAUCUAUCUCCAUCAGUCCAUAUGACUUGGCCCGGAAAGGUUGAUUUUCAGCAUCCUGACUUGCGAACCAGUUGCGGCAUAAAUGGAGAUUACACCGGCCGGUACAUCCACUACGGCGUCCGCGAACAUGCAAUGUGCGCCAUAUCCAAUGGUCUCGCGGCGUACGCACCAAACACCAUAAUCCCAGUUACGUCGUCCUUUUUCAUGUUCUAUCUGUACGCCGCACCAGCGGUACGCAUGGGAGCUUUACAGCGACUUCAGGUUAUUCACGCUGCGACACAUGAUUCAAUUGGCAUGGGUGAAGAUGGUCCAACUCAUCAACCCAUCGAACUUGCAACUCUGUAUAGAGCCAUGCCGAACCUCCUCUACAUUCGGCCAGCAGACAGCGAAGAAACUGCCGGAGCCUGGAUCACAGCGAUCAAAGCAAAGAAUACUCCUUCUAUCAUCUCAACGUCGAGACACGCCGUUCCUCAGCUGAAGCAGACACGAAGGGAAAAAGUGGCCCUUGGCGCCUAUGUGCUUGAGGAGGUGGACGACGAAAAGCCAGAUCUUACGCUCAUCGGUGUUGGCGCAGAGCUGUCUCACGCCCUUGCCGUUGCGGAGAACCUCCGAAGAGAUCGGAACCUGCGCGUCCGCGUCGUCAGUUUUCCGUGUUGGCGGCUUUUCGAGCAGCAACCUGUCGAGUACAAACGAAGUGUUCUGAAGCGACACCUCAGUAUUCCUGCCGUCGCCAUCGAGCCCUACGCGCCCAACGGCUGGGAAAGAUACGCCAACGCAGCGGCAAGUAUGACGCGCUUUGGACAUUCAUUGCCGGGGACUGCGGCGUACAAGUAUUUUGGAUUCGACGUGGACGGUCUUACGGUGAAAGUUGGAAACUAUCUAGAUGCAAUUGAAAGGGAUCCUGUUCUUCGGACGGAAUUUGUAGAGUUAUAAUCUUCGCUUGUAAAUAUUAGUGUCAUCUUGAUCUCAGGCUAAUUAAGACACUACAAACUUCGAUCUAACAAAUAGAGAACGCACCGUUUCUUCCCCUGCGUAGAUAUAGCGGCAUUGUACCAGUAGA